UGUAGCUUUUCCACCAAACUACGGCUUCUGGUUCUAGAGGCUCUGAAUAUCUAUAAAUAAGUGACGAUCAAGUUUGAAAGGUGCACUCUAGACUAGCCUGUCUAGCAUUAUAGCCAUGCGUUGCCUAGCUCUCAUCGCACUCAGCCUGUUUUCCUUUUUGGCCCUGGCUGUGGGCCAGCAAUCCGAGCUCAUUUGCAUAUGUCCUGACAUCUAUAAUCCUGUGUGCGGAUCGGACUUCGUGACGUAUUCCAACGAGUGCGAAUUCAAAUGUGCAGUCAACAACAGAAGCUCCACUUUCAUAGUAAAGAGGGAAAGGUGCUAGGAAACGGAACAUGGUUCGGAACUGGUGAUCGUCAACAUUUGUUUGAUAAAAUGUGAAUAAUAAACUUAGUCCGAAGCUUAAACUGUGUUUAAACGAACGGUUUUGUUUACCGCAUAGGUAGAAU